AUGCCAAUACUUGAAGAAUACUCUCAUUUGAUUGGUGUUCCUAUUUCUAGUCAAGCUCCAUUUUCUGGUUUGGAGGAAGAUCCCAAGGAUCAAGACAUUGCAAAGGCAACUCAUUUGAAAAUGUCAGAGAUCAGGGAUCACAUGACCACAAAAGGAAAAAUGCUUGGUUUGACAGCUAAGUUUCUAAUGAACAAAGCUCAGUAUUUUGCUAGAAUGAGGAGUGUGGAUGCGUUUGAGGCUGUUUUUGCUCUACUUAUCUAUGGAUUGUUCCUCUUUCCUAGUUUUGAUGACUUUGUUGCCAUGGAUGCCAUCAAAAUCUUCUUAAUAGCAAAUCCAGUUCCUACUUUGCUUGCUGAUGCCUAUCAUUCUAUUCAUAUGAGGAAUUCUUACAGCGGAGGAAUGAUUACAUGUUGUGUGCCUAUGUUGUGCAAGUGGUUUAUUUCUCACUUGCCUAGGUCUCAUGCUUUUUGGGAUCUUGAGGAUGGUCUUUUGUGGUCACAAAAUAUUAUUUCGCUCACACAUUCAGAUAUUAUUUGGUAUAGUCGUGACUAUGAUGGAGUUAGUAUCAUAGAUUGUUGUGGAGGAUUUUCUAAUGUACCUCUCCUUGGUACAAAAGGAGGCAUCAGUUACAACCCAAUCCUAGCUCGGCGUCAACUCGGUUAUCCAAUGAGAGAUAAGCCAAAGAAUAUUCACUUAGAGGGUUUGUUCUUUAAGGAAUGUGAAUAUUGCAAAGCGCUCAAAUAG